AUGUCAGGAGCUGAAGUGAUAGGCAUCAUCUCGGGAAUCAUCGCUAUACUCGACGUCUCUCACAAAGUCUACAGAGCCGUCGAGGACGCCUCGGGCCUGCCGCCGUCCUUUCGUGACGUGGGCUCGCGGCUCCCGCUCGUCCAGGAUAGCCUCCGGGCGGCAUACAGGGGCCUGGCCGAGGACCACGUUGCGCCCGAAUGCUCCGGCGCCCUCAAGACGGUCCUCGAAGGCUGCAAACUCAAGGCCGCCGGGCUCGAGAGAAUAUUCCGGGCUACCAUCCCGCCCGUCGGGGCGUCGAGGACGACCAAAUAUCUCAAAGCCCUCAGGACAAUCCCCAACGCCACAAAGGUCGAGGGCCUGAUGGAUGGCAUCAUGAGCGAUCUGCAUGUCCUGACGGCGAAUCAUGCCGUCAAGACGGCGACGAGAGCGCAGAUAAUGAAGCUCAUGGCGGCGGUUGACAUGGAUAACGGUGGCGGCUUCUAUGAGGACAAGUCGUCGGUAGUCUUGCAUAAUCUAGGAUCGGGAUCACAGUUUGUUCACAGGGGGGUUGGGAACCAGAACAUGACGAGCGGAACGGGAUUGCAGUUCAACGGCGCCAUGACCGGCGACUUUUAUCUUGCUCGAGGCUAG